GCGGCUGCAUGGGUUCAAGACUUACUUAAUCAGUCUUUUUUUAUCGAUCAGAUACAGUUGUUUUAUUAUUUGGUUUAUGUAUUUUUAGUGCCCGGAUUUUUUGUAAAUUGUUACUGAUUUUUGGAGUUGAAUACGUGUUUUUUUGUGAGUGAUUUGGAAGAAUUUUUUUGGGAAAAAAUUUACAAAAUGAAGAUGGAAAUCAAAUAUGGUAUUAGUGCAAGAAUGAUAUCUAUGGCAGCCGUAGGACUUCUUAUGGUAUGUACAUCGACUUUGAUGUUUGUGCAUAGUCCCCUACAAACCAUCAUUAAAUUGGUUUUGAACCUAUCCGAUGGUUCGAUAUUCUUCAACUUAUGGUCAGCCCCUCCCUACGAUAUCUUCCUGAAAGUUUAUCCAUUUAAUAUUACCAACAUGGACGAAUUUCUUAGUGGAAAGGAGAAAAUGAAUAUUACGCAGCUGGGACCCUAUGUUUAUAGGGAGAUUUUAACUAAUCAAAACGCCUCAUUCAAUGACGAAGACGGAACAGUAACUUACCAUCCUCAUAGAGAAAUACUGUUUGAUCCAGAACGAUCAGUAGGAGAUCCUGAAAAGGACAUCAUAAUGACCACUAACAUCCCUCUAGUGGGUCUACAAUCUUACCUCAACGACGAAUCAUAUUUCAAAAACCUGGCAUUCUCCACAGUUACAAAAGCCUUGGGUGCCAAACCCAUUGUCAACAUAACUGUCCAUCAGUACCUCUGGGGGUAUACUGAUAAUCUAAUCCAGUAUGCCCAUACCUUACUACCCUCCUGGAUCGAUUUUAAAAGCUUUGGAAUCUUCGAAAGGCUGAUGAGUAGAGACAAUACUAACGAAGUUACAAUAGUCAAAGACCCCUCCAAGUACCAUUCAACAACUGAUUCCUUGCUGACUGAAGAAGAAAGAAUGUCCCAGUACCACGUGACACGCUGGAACAACCUUGCUGGCUUGAAAGAUUGGGGUUACGAAGAUAUGGACCCUGAAGAUGUCAGUAAAUGCGUUUUGGUCGAAGGUGCUUUCGAUGGUACCAUAUUCCCGAGAAAUAUGCGACACAACAGGACUUUGCAGCUUUUCAGGAAGGCAUUUUGUCGUCCAGUACCUCUGAACUUCAUCCAGGACUCUGUAGACGAAAAUGGAUUUACAGUGUACGAGUACAAGCUUGCUGACAACAUGUUUGAUGUUACUCCAGAGAAUAAAUGCUUUUGUUACAAAAAUAAAUGCGUUAAAGGCUUCCAAAGUAUUGCACCAUGCUACUACGGAAUACCAAUAACGUUAUCACAGCCCCACUACCUCAAUGCUGAUCCGGAAUCACUAAAUUCAGUGAAUGGACUGAGUCCAGACAUAGAAUUGCAUGGAAGCGUUUGCCAGAUUCAGCCAGACCUUGGUGUGCCGCUCAGAGGGAAUAUGAGGAUCCAGAUUAAUCUUGACGUAGGCCAGACCAGAGGAAACCACCAUACCAAGAUGUUCAACGGCCUGCAAGUGCCUCUCUUCUGGGUGGAGAUCACCACUGAAGAGCUUCCUUUUGUGGUGGUGUUUUUAUUGAACUUAGUGUGCAAAGUGUUGCCUAUUUCUCUAGAGGUUGUCAAGUACUUGUUGGGGCUUGUAGGGUUGUUACUUAUGUCCGGUUCUGCGGUGUGUAUUUUGUUCAAAGCUCGUGUUACUAUACCGACAGGAAUUAGUUUAAAUAGCUCAGAGUAUACUUCUAUUCCUAUUAUAUCUAUACCGGCAGAUUUUCUUGAUAAGUGCGAGAAACGAUUGUCGUUGAAAUAAUAUUGACUCUUUUUCGGAAGUUUUUUUUAGGAAAAAUUAGACAAUUUACCAGGUGUCUCAGAUAAAAGUGCCCCAGUUUGAUAGAAACACUUGCCAUAUAAGUAAUGUAGUUAUAAUAUUCUAGAUUAAAAAUAAAGCAGCUCGCUGUGAUAUGGGCUGAAAGCCAAGACAGACUGAUUUUUUGUUCAUAAUUUAACUUUAUUAUUUAAAAUAGUAUUAGUUUUGUUUUUCGUACAGAUCGAAGUAUCUCUAAAUAAUGGGUUGUUAUGUUAUAAGAUCACAAAACGAAUAAAAAACAAAAUGAGCGGUUAGUAUUUUUGUAUUUCAUAUUUUAGAAUAAAUAUAUAAGAAAUAUAAAAAAGAGUAUUUUUAUUUAUCGACUUUGAUGUUUGUGCAUAGUCCUUUACAAAUCAUCAUUAAAUUGGUAAGUCUCCUAACUCAAUCGAUGCCGUAAAAUAUCGAUCUUUCUUAAUAUAUAAAAAUUUCGAUAUUUACAAAUAUCGAUAUUUUAAAAAUGUUGAUACUUAAACAUCUCUAACUAGUUAGGUAUUUUAUUAUUUACCACAAACCAUCAUUAGAUUGGCAAGUCUUCUAAAGAAACCAAUAAGGUAAAAUAUCGAUAUUCUUCAGUAUAUAGAAAAUAUUGAUACACAUUUACAAACAUCGACAUUCUAAAAUAUCGGUACAAUUAAACAUCUUUAACUAGUGAAGUAAUUUAUUAUUUACUACAAACCAUUAUCAAAUCUUCUAAAUCAAUCAAUAACAUAAAAUAGAUAUCGAUAUUUAGCAUUAUCGAUAUAAAAAUAUUAUCGAUAUUCAAAAUUAUCGAUAAUACAAAAUAUCGAUACAUUUAAAUAUCUCUAAUUAUUUAAAUUUUUUUUUUCAGUGUUGUUACUUAUGUCAGGUCCAAGAUAGAGUGAUUUUUUGUUCAUAAUUUAACUUUAUAAUUUAAAAUAGUAUUAGUUUUGUUUUUCGUACAGAUCAGAGUAUCUCUAAAUAAUGGGUUGUUAUGUUAUAAGAUCACAAAACGAAUAAAAAACAAAAUGAGCGGUUAGUAUUUUUGUAUUUCAUAUUUUAGAAUAAAUAUAUAAGAAAUAUAAAAGAGAGUAUUUUUAUUUAUCGACUUUGAUGUUUGUGCAUAGUCCUCUACAAAUCAUCAUUAAAUUGGUAAGUCUUCUAACUCAAUCGAUGCCGUAAAAUAUCGACCUUUCUUAAUAUAUAAAAAUUUCGAUAUUUACAAAUAUCGAUUUUUUAAAAAUGUUAAUACUUAAACAUCUCUAACUAGUUAGGUAUUUUAUUAUUUACCACAAACCAUCAUUAGAUUGGCAAGUCUUCUCAAGAAACCAAUAAGGUAAAAUAUCGAUAUUCUUCAAUAUAUAGAAAAUAUUGAUACAUAUUUACAAACAUCGACAUUCUAAAAUAUCGGUACAUUUAAACAUCUUUAACUAGUGAAGUAUUUUAUUAUUUACUACAAACCAUUAUCAAAUCUUCUAAAUCAAUCAAUAACAUAAAAUAGAUAUCGAUAUUUAGCAUUAUCGAUAUAAAAAUAUUAUCGAUAUUUUGAAUAUCGGUAAUACAAAAUAUCGAUACAUUUAACUAUCUCUAAUUAUUUAAA